AUGUAUCAGUUUCUUUCCAAGGGCUUCCGAUUCUGCACCCCGGUCGAAGUCGACAGAUUUUUACCUGAUCUUUUUGACAAAUGGAGGGAAAUGCAGCAGGAUCCGCGGUAUGUUAGGACAGGAUGUCGAGAUGUGUAUAUGGAAAUGUUGAAUGCUUUCGAUGACGAAACUCUGGGUGAUGCAGAGGAGAGGGAGAAAAUGCGACUUGUAUUUAUGAAGGCAUCAGGCGCUACGGGAAAUAGAAGAUCACCAAUUGCACAACCAACCGAGCAAGAUGACCACGAGGAGGCCGCACCAACCGAGCAAGAUGACUACGAGGAGGCUGUGCGAUUACCUUCAUCUUCCUACCUUGAACACCUUGUCAAGCAGGAGACCGAUAAGACGUAG